GUAAUUUCAAAAAACUUAAUAUGUAAUAAUCCCAGUCUUUAUGUAGUAUUUAAUUGUAGUUAUUAAUAUUUGUGUGCAUAAAAUUUAGGCAUUUGCUCUUAUUCAUACAGUACUUUUUCCACAUCCUACACUAUUUGAUUGAAAAAUUGAUUAAAAAAAUAACAUGGGACAAGGGGGAUAAAACGUAUUAAAGUUUCAGCAAAUUAAACUAGUAUGCAUUUAAAUCUAUACAACCAACAGUGUGCAAUUAAGGACAACUUUCCUGCCCAAAUUUUGUUUACUAUUAAAUCUGUGUUUAAAACCUCAGAGACUAGCCCGAGCAUGGAACACCCUGCCCAAGGGGCAGCGGGUGACCGGAGGGGGACCCUGACCCCUGCAUGCGCAGGUUUCCACCAGCCCACAAGUGACAGCAUGGCAGCCAUGCCCUCCAGCGGCUUGCUCAUGGCCACCUGCGACUAUCACCUCCACCGCCCAGGCUCCCCUUCCAGUAACAGCUCCUGCAGAAGCGCAGAGUAUGCUGGGGAAGCCAUCCCUCACCACCCCAGGGCUGACCCCCAUCACUGGUGGGCAAGUUUCUUCUUCGGGAAGUCCACUCUCCCGUUCAUGGCUACAAUGUUGGAGUCCCCAGAACACUCGGAAUCUCCUCAGGCCUCCAGCAGCACGAUCAUCUGCGACUUGGCUCUGGAAGCCAGAAGGAAGCAGCUUGGUGACCAGCCUGGCAAAGCCGACACCAGGCCGCCAUCCUGA